ACACACAUUCUCCAAUUUUUUUUCAUUCCUGAAGGCUUCCGUGACGCACCUAAUAACACUUCCGGGUUUAGUUUGUUCUCCAGUAACGCUAAAGGUGAUAUGGCCGCAAUGUUUACAUGCUGUCUGGGCUACUGUUGUGGUGAUGGAGGAUCCGAUCAUAAACCUCUUAAAGAAAUGCCCACCGUUCAGCUCGACACGCACCACAUGGGCGCGGAUGUGGUGGUGGUGAAGAGAGGGAGGCGGAUCUGUGGGAGCGGAGCAUGCCUCGCCAACGCCCCUCUCCACCAGAACAAGAGCUACUUCGAGUUCAAGGUCCAAUCCACGGGUGUGUGGGGAGUCGGGGUGGCCACACAGAAGGUGAAUCUAAACCAGAUACCUUUGGGUCAAGACAGUCACAGUUUGGUGCUCAGGCACGAUGGAUCUGUAUAUCACAACAAUGAAGAGAAGAACUGCCUGCCAGCUAACAGUGUGCCUCAGGAGGGAGACAUUGUGGGAUUAACAUAUGACCAUGUGGAACUGAACCUGUAUCUGAAUGGGAAAAACAUGCAGUGCCCAGCCUCAGGCAUUCGAGGGACUGUGUUCCCUGUAGUUUAUGUGGAUGACAGUGCUAUCUUAGACUGCCAGUUCAGCGACUUCUACCACACUCCUCCUCAAGGCUUUGAGAAGAUCCUGUUUGAACAGCAGAUCUUUUGAGCCUUCUACUUCACAUGCACUUGCAGAGAAGCCGUCCUCAGGGCUAAAGUGCUGAUGUUGGAAAGAGUGUUGCAUUUCUCUGUUGUAUUGUUUAAGCCUUCUCUGCUACUGCUGCCAUAGUCCAUACGAGACAAGCCAGGUGUUUAUAUGUAUGUGAAAAGAAAUCUUUAACCAUAUCAAAAAGUGCACACACAGUCAGCCAUAAACUUGAAUGUCAAAUUAGGUUGUGUGUGUGUUUGUUUUUUUAUGUAGCCUGCAUUAUAAUUUGACACUCAUUAUUUAGUAUGUGGCUGCUGUAGUAUUAGUGUGUCACAGCACCAGGCU